GAAGAGCUGCUCCGCGCUUUCGAGUUCGUUCACAUGGCAGUCACGUCCGCCGCUGGGAGCGACGCUGGGGCUUCAUAGAGUGAUGAGAGAACAGACGUCAAAACGGCCUUAUGAAUAUUGAUGCGGAGGCUAGGCUGGUUUUGUAAAGGAGCAGAAGGAAGCAAGAUGGCUGCCCUUUAGGAUUGGCUAGAAGGGAGACCAGACGGCUUUGGCUGGAUUCUGCGAGGUUUUGAGGGACGGCUGGAAAGAGAUACAAUAAGAGGGCAGCCUUGUGGAUGGCCCCAGAGUAGGCCAGAUGGAACAGGAUAGAACCAACCAUGUUGAAGGCAGUAGUUUGAGCCCAUUUCUAAUACCACAUCCUUCUCAUGUUUGCCAGGCAGAGCCUUUGUCAGUGAAGCUGUGGAAUGGAAGCCCAUUAGCCGAGAAGGCCCAUGUUGAAGUAAAUGGUGACCACACAUGGCUGCAUUUCAAGGCCAGCUAUGGGAUGAAACAUGCUACAAAAGGAAAUUCAAAUAAUCGGAUAAGCCCUGACCUUCUGCAGGAAAAAAGAGAUUGUACCAGGUAUAUGCAAAAUGGUGGGAUAAAACGCACUUUUAGUGAGCCUUCUCUCUAUGGGCUUCACCAGAACAAGAAGCUUAAGCAAAAUGAAGAAACAAACAGAGAAAACGAUACUUCAACAGAGAGAAGUGAUCAGCCAGGUGCUUCUAAUUCAUGCAAUGAGAAGGAUUUCAUGGGUUUUAGAGUGGAAAAAAGUGCAGCUUCAGUUCCUCUUCAGUCUUCAAGAUACAACUGUGGUGCUUCAGAAACUACUCAUGCUCCCCCAACACAGAGUGAACAGGAGAGCGAAAACAUUAAUUGCCACAAUGGAGACAUUGUCUUGCUAUACAAGAACAAGGCAGUGCCUAUGCCUAAUGGUGCUAUAGUUUCUGCCUCUUCUAUGGAAAACAUGCCUGGUGAACUCCUGGAGAAAACACUGUCUCAGUAUAAUCCAGAUCAUGUUUCCAUUGCAAUGCAGAAAACUACAUCUCUCUCAAAUGCCAUAAACACUCAGGCUACUAAUGAGUUGGCCUGUGGCACACCACAUUCAUCCCAUACCUCAGGGCAGGUCAGCUCCCCACAGACCUCCAAUUCUGAGCUGCCUCCGGUGCUAGCUGUUGUGGCUACUGAGAUCCACAAUACGGAAAGCUCCAGUCAACAAUCCGUAUCUCCAGCGUGCUACACAUUUCAGAACUCACAACUACAGUUACAGCAGCAACACUCAGAAAAUACAAAUCAUUCACCUACAGAGGUUCCAGGAAACAUGGGGCAGGUUUCCAAUCUAGAUUUUUCACUACCCAGUGCUGAUUUUCCCCUAAACCCCUGCAGCAGUCUGGAACCUCAACACAGUAGCUCAGAAAGAUUGGCAGAGCCAGCAGAAGAUAAUGGUGCUUUGUUCCAGCAAGAUUCCAUGUUCAAGAAGGAUUCUUUCAGUCCACCUCCUGUUUCAGCUUCUUCUCCAACUCCAGAAAUAAACAGCAUUCUGUCCAUUGGGGUAGCAGAAGGGCAUAAUUCAUAUGAGACCCAUAGUCAAGAAACUCCGUUUAGGGAGGAGAAGAAUGGAGAGCAACAACAGGGAGAACAAGCAACACAAGUUUCUGGUCUCAUCCAGCAAGCACUUAGUACUCAACAGGGUCUUCAAGAAGAGGUUCAAGUUUCCCAACAGACUGGCAGUGAAACAGAUCUGGCGCUCACUGCAAUGACAUCAGGCAUCAGGCAACAAUAUCCUGAGGAAAUGAAGCCAAAGUUGGAGGCCAAUUUUCAAAACACACAAAUAUUAGGGAACAGUAAAGAAAUGCAUCAUUACCAACAUCUCUUGAGCCAAAUUAAUCAGGAGACCCUUGCUGAUAAUGAAAAAGACCUGGUGAGAGAUCAUUUGCAGCAGUCUCACACUCAGUCACAGUCUCCUUGGACAGGAAUGGUUUCCCCCAACUUUCACCCCAGUGAGUCUCCCCAAAAAUCAAAUGAGGUGCUUUUGAGAACAAUGCUUCAGCUUCAGUCAAAUUCAGCUGAGCAGACGCAUCCAAAACAAUAUCCUGGAAGCCCUGAUGCAUCAAAAGGGGUUUCAGUACAGACCUGCUACCAGAAUAUUUCACAGUGUGAACAAGUACCAGCACUCUACAAACAUGAGGCAACCCAAUUGCCAUCUCAUCUUACAGCUGACCAGCAAAUGCAAUUCCAAAAGCACUCGCCACAGCCCACAAAGAUGGAUACUCUGCUUAAAUCCCAUGAACAGCAGCAAAAUACAAAGCACUUUCACUUUCAGUCACAGAUAGAACAUCACUCUGAACAGUCUUUGGAGUCGCAGCUAAAACCGCAGCACUUAAAUCCGCCACCACUGGAGAAUGAGCAAUUCCUGCGUUCACAUAUUUUGCAACAGAUGCUUCAGGCCCAGUCAACUCAAUUACCACAGAGUUCGCAACUAGCAUUGAAUCCCCAGCAGCAAGUGUUGCAGAUGAAGAACAGAGAACCGCCCCAGACUUUAUCCCAUUCCCACAGCAAUCCAGAGCAGCAAUUGGAAGGGAAGUCAUUUCGUCCGGUUAAAUUAGAAGAAUGUUUUGACACUGCAAACAAUUACUUUAAAUCAACAGAGUUCCCAGUGCAAAACCCCCAGACCGGACCAGACCAGGUAUCAGAUAUGAACAAUAAAGAUUCCCUUUACAAUAAUGCUUUUAAAGCAAAUACAGUUAUGAAGCAUUCCUACCCAAAUAACAUGCACUUAGUUUCUGAGAAAAAAGAAAAUGCAGUGAACCCAGAGUUUUUUGCAGAAAACACAGCCCAUGACUUGCAAAACAUGCAAUAUUAUCCUAAUAGUGUGACCCCCAAACAAGACAUGUCACGGUGCUUUCAGGAACAAAAAACCCAGUCUCCACAAACUUCAGCUGUGCAGCUACCUUUCCAGCAAACACAGGGAUAUCCUAAUUCGAACGCCACCUUAUGUAGCCAACAAGCUACCCAGAUUCAACAAAGGUACUUACCAUAUAGUCAGCAAGUAGCAUCCCACACUGUAGAUCAGAGAGGGUGUCAUCUUCCUUCCCAGCCCCACAGGGAUGUUCAAAAGCAUGCUGCUCUCAGGUGGCACAUCUUAAACAAGCAAGAACAGCACAUCAACCAAAACAAAUCCGAGACAUGUCCCAGUAUGGGACACAAGCCUAUCAAAGCUGAGGCUGGCUCCAAGUCGAAUGUCUGCCUGCGUCCAUCAGCUGGGCAGCUGGAAAACAAAACAUGGAAGAAAACAAUUAAACAAGAGAUUCAGCACUUUGGUUGUGAGAACAUGCAACAAAAGAGCAUCAUUGAGACAAUGGAGCAGCAGCUGAAACAGAUUCAGGUCAAAACGCUCUUUGAUCACAAGUCCCUUACUAUCAAAUCACCAAAACAUGUGAAGGUUGAAACUGCAGGACCGAUCACUAUUCUGUCAAGAAAUUCCACUGCUACAGAUUUCAACAGCCACGCUGCCUUUUUGGAUCAACAGGCCAUUCAUGCUAAUGAAAAAACACCAACUAAAAGAACUGCUGGAACAGCACUCAAUCAUUUUUUAGAGUCACCUUCCAAAUUAUUAGAUACUCCUGUGAAAAACUUACUGGAUACACCUGUCAAAACCCAGUAUGAUUUCCCAUCAUGUAGCUGUGUUGAGCAGAUUAUUGAAAAAGAUGAAGGCCCUUUCUACACCCAUCUAGGAGCCGGUCCAAAUGUGGCAGCUAUUAGAGAAAUAAUGGAAGAACGGUAUGGACAGAAAGGCAAGGCCAUAAGAAUUGAGAGAAUUGUCUACACAGGAAAAGAAGGCAAAAGUACUCAAGGCUGUCCUAUUGCUAAAUGGGUGAUUCGUAGAAGUAGCACUGAAGAAAAACUCCUUUGUUUGGUGCGGGAGCGGGCAGGCCAUACCUGUGAAACAGCAGUGAUCGUUGUCCUCAUCUUGGUGUGGGAAGGAAUUCCUCGGACCCUAGCUGACAAGCUGUACUCUGAACUCUCUGAAACUUUAAGGAAGUAUGGCACACUCACAAACCGAAGGUGUGCUUUAAAUGAAGAACGAACUUGUGCAUGCCAAGGGCUGGAUCCUGAGACUUGUGGUGCAUCUUUUUCCUUCGGUUGUUCAUGGAGUAUGUAUUAUAAUGGAUGUAAAUUUGCCAGAAGCAAGAUCCCAAGGAAGUUUAAACUGUUAGGGGAUGAUCCAAGAGAGGAAGAAAAGCUAGAGUCCAAUUUGCAAACCCUUUCAACUCUGAUGGCACCCACCUACAAGAAAUUGGCACCAGAUGCAUACAAUAACCAGAUUGAAUAUGAACACAGAGCACCUGAAUGCCGUCUGGGCUUGAAAGAGGGUCGUCCAUUUUCAGGGGUCACUGCCUGCCUGGAUUUUUGUGCCCAUGCUCACAGGGACUUGCAUAAUAUGCAGAAUGGGAGUACACUGGUGUGUACACUAACCAGAGAAGACAAUCGUGAAAUUGGCCAGACACCAGAAGAUGAACAACUACAUGUGCUCCCUUUGUACAAAGUCUCCAAUGUAGAUGAGUUUGGAAGCACAGAAGGCCAGGAUGAGAAAAAACGAAAUGGCAGCAUUCAGGUUCUUAGCUCUUUUCGGCGAAAAGUAAGGAUGCUGGCAGAGCCUGUAAAGACCUGCCGGCAAAAGAAGCUGGAAGCUAAGAAAGCAGCAACUGAAAAGCUUGCGUCCAUGGAGAAUGGGUUGAACAAACAUGAGAGAGAUAAAUCAGCUACAGCCCGUCAAAAACAGACCAGCUCGGAAGCAUCAGGUCACGCUAAACAGUUAGCAGAUCUAUUACGUCUUUCAGGACCAGCCAUGUCACAGCAACAGCUCUAUCAACAUCCACAUCAUGUCCUCCCUAGUAAACCUCAGUCAAAUCACAUCAACUCAUAUACUAAUUCAGGUCCCACAAACCUCUACAUGAGUUUGCCUAAUCCAGCUAAUCCAUAUUCAAAUUCUUCUCAUGCUUCUGAUCCUUACGGAGGAUCCAAUCCCAUGAACAUUUAUCCAACUUCUUCGAAGCCUACAAGAGCUUAUUUGAGUUCUCCUGGUCUCAUGAAUCCCUAUUCUGUACACUUAGGUCAAAAUAGCCAAUACCCCCAUUACCAAUGCAAUGGAAACUUGCCUAUGGACAAUUGCUCCUCCUACUACAGUUCCUAUUCCCCUCAGCCUCAGCAUAUGGACUUGUUUAGGUAUCAGAGCCAAGAUUCUCUAUCUAAACUAAGUCUACCUCCGAUUCAUACAUUAUAUCAACAUAGGUUUGGAAAUAAUCAGAACUUUGGGCCCAGGUACUUGAAUUAUGGAAACCAAAAUGUACAAGUGGAUGCUUUCAACAGUUGCACAAUUCGACCAAAUGUUCAGCACACAGGAUGUUUUCCUCCUUACACCACACAUGAGACUGAUGCCCCCUUUAUUGACAUUGCCUCAAGACUGAAAUCUAAUCUAAAUAACCCAGGUGUGGACUACAUAAAUAAGAAUGGUGAACAUCUAUAUCCGCCUCCACACCGAACGCAUGACUACCACUCUGCUGCAGGUCUAUUCAGUGGUCAUCCCCAGUCACUCCACCUCCAGAAUAAGGAUAAUCAAGUAUCUAAUGGGUUUUCAAACAUGCUUCCAGGUCUUAACCACAACAGGACUGCUUCCCACGAAGGCUUAAACAAAACUGAGGUGCUCCAUCCAGAGGAUCCUGAUGACAUCUGGUCAGACAGUGAGCAGAGCUUCCUGGAUCCAGAUAUUGGAGGUGUGGCAGUUGCCCCAUCUCAUGGGUCAAUUCUCAUAGAGUGUGCAAAACGUGAGCUUCAUGCAACAACUCCACUGAAAAAUCCCAACAGGAAUCAUCCCACAAGGAUAUCGCUUGUCUUCUACCAGCACAAGAGUAUGAACGAGCCAAAGCACGGUCUAGCUUUGUGGGAGGCAAAGAUGGCAGAGAAGGCGAGGGAAAAAGAGGAGGACUGCGAAAAGUAUGGUCCAGAUUAUGUGCCUCAGAAAGUGCAUGGUAAAAAAGUCAAGCGGGAGCCUUCUGAACUGCAUGAGAACUUUGAGCCCACAUAUGUGCGUUUCAUCAAGUCUCUUGCACAAAGGACUAUGUCACUCACCACAAACUCCACAGUUACCACAUCUCCAUAUGCCUUUACACGGGUUACAGGGCCUUACAACAGAUAUAUAUAAAACUUCAAAUAUUUGUUCAUUACCUCAUUUGUUUUUGAAAAAUGUCAGUAGGGUAAUAAUUCUUUUAGGCUGUAGACAGGGAAAGGGCAAGAGAACAGUAUUUUUGUUUCUAGCUUGUCAAUGAGAAAAACCUCAGCACACCAGCAAAAGAGGUAACAUUACCACUGCCCUUAUUUGGUAAGUAGUCACAGGUGACACAUUAAGAACUAAAACCAAAGCACCCUAUGCAAAAUUCAGUGAUAUUCACCAGUUAACAUCCAAAUACUGGUUCGAAUUCUGGAAGAAAGAAUCCAUAUGCAUAACUUUCCAAUGUUAUAUCUGUGACCAUUUUAAACAAAGGAAAAUUAAGUAAGAAAGUUUUAAGUUAAAAAAAAUCGUAUAGUAUUUCAGUGGCAGAAAUUUUAAAAUACCACCUGGUGCUCACUAUACAAUGUACUGAAAUACUGGAAUGCAGCUUUUUAACAUGCAGGGUUUGGGUGAUUUGGGGCGGGAUAUGUUUUUGUUUAUGCUGUAAUCUUAAUAUUGACUUGAUUUUUACUAAUCAGGAUAGCUACAUAUCUAACAUAAAGAAUACAAAGCAAAACACUGAAUUUGUUUGGAUAUUCUAAAACAUGGUGCUAUGUACAAGCAAGGUGUCUAAUAUAGCAGUUGAACAGUUUUAAUGCCUUUUUAUUGACCAUAAAUAUGUUUAAAGUAUGCUUUUCUCAAACUGCAAACAGGACAUUUUAAUUCAUUUUUGUAUAUAAUUAUGCUAUUCUUUUUUGAAAACCCAAUUUUUAAUAUGUCAGGAGCCAGGACCAAGAUCCAACAAAGCUGUAUGUAGGCUGGGGGACUGCUGCAAGUCAAGCCAGAUGUCUCUGCAAAGCUAUCUGCAGCAGCUGCUUGCAUGCCUCAAGAAGGAAGCAUAGCAUUUAAAGGUCCUUUGUCUUUUCAGUAGUGCAUGCCCCUACAGUGGACAUGUAGAAGACAUGUCCAGACAAUCAGUUUGUAGGGCAAUAUAUGUGCAAUUGUAACUUCACUUGUUGUGUGGGACCCAACUGGCUUUUUUUCAAGGUGGUGCUACCGCUGGAGGAAAUCCUGCAUUUCCCAGCACUUAAAGAGUGGGAAAUGGCCCUACCACAGCCAUAGAUUGCCAUCUGGCUUGAAGAGGCAAACCAGUUUUUAAAAAGAAAAGUGCCUUUCCCAUAGCACUGGGUCAUAAGCUUGCAGUAAAAACCUUGAGAACGUCUCUGAUGGAAUGCCCGCGUCUUCUGCCCCUGCAUUAUAGCUGUUUACAACUGCAGCCGGUAUUGUUAACACAAGAUGAGUUCAGCUGCUGUGUGCAAUAUGACGGCAUAAGCAUCACAGAUGCCUGUUGCGACAUAGUCAUGGGUUCAGUCAUUGUGGUGCUGGGACAUCCCUCCCACGUUCAAAAGCUGUUCAAAAUCAGCUCAGCUAUCUCAUUUCCCACUCUGCCCUGUAAUUUCAAUGACCCAUUCCUUAAAUGCUUGGAUAUUAAAAAAUAAUUUAUUGCUAGCUAUCCACUCUGUAGUUCUACAAAGGCAGCUUGGCUAUCCCUGCUUCAGAAAAACUACUUCCCAUCUGGGAUCAGGGUUUAUGCAAAAAUAUAGUGCUAAGGACAAAAUCCAGGGUUUUUUAAAUCAUCUGGAAAAUCCAAAAGAAGCCUUUGGCUGCAUGCAUGAUUCUCCCCUGACAUGCCAGCUUUGUUGGAUCACAAUGGCAUUUACCCACCCAGUAUCAAGGCCUGAUUAAGGAGAACAAACAAUCAAAAUAUUUUUAUUUUCUUUUAAUGGUGCUUGAAAAGCAUUUUGUCUAAGUGCUGGCAACUUGAACAGCACUUGAGUGCUAAAACAUUUUAGAAGUUUACUUUGAUCUUCUGAUGCAAAGCGACCUUUUAAAAAAGAAAAACGUUUAUAACCUUUUGUUCUUUGGAGCAACCACAUGAAAGAGAGCCCUGAUACUGGUUUGUUAAGGGAGGGAAUUUGGGAGCUGAGAGCAGCUGAGGGGGCAGGGGGGCGCUUAAACUGUUUCCUGUCUACCAUUUUGUCUGCUCCAGAUUUCCUCCCCUAGCAGCUUUCUUCCCUCUAUAGGAUUCAAAAUGUUUUGUUGGUCCCUUCGCCAUAUGCCUAAUAAAGGAUAAGAAACAUUUGUAAUUCCAUCAAUUAAAGCUGAAGUGGGGCUCACUGAAUCUAAGGUAAUACUUUUAGUACACACACACCCCUCCAAUUUUCUGGUGCUCAUCUCACACAACUGUACUGUGAACGGUUUCUUUUCUACAAUUAUGAUGACAAGCUUAUUGCUCCAAUUGUGUACUUUAAUAUAUACAUAUUAACCACAGGUAAUGAUUAGCAGCAUGGGUUAGACUUGACAAUUCAGUAGCGUAGUCUUUUUUGCUACUUGUUAAGGAUCUCUAACACUCUCCAAAUAGCUGGGCAGACUGCUUUGGUAUUGAUGAAUUACUUACAUUAUGUCACUGCUCAGUGCAAGUUCCCCUCUUUGCUAGGAAGAUUUGAGGAGAUAAGACAAGAGAUACAGGGUUAUUCUUUGCAAUUCCAUUGGUGAAAAAGAAUAUACAGAACAGGCAGCUGGCUUGCUGUGAUGGUUUUAAAUCGGUAAUUUGUAUAAAAACAAAAGCAAAAGAGAUGUAUAGUAACUUAACUUGUAAACAAUUUUUUUAAUGCGAAGCUUUAGUAUUUUAAUACUGUACAAAUAUAUAAAUAUUAUAUUAUAUAUAUCUAUAUAUAAGAUAUGGGUUUGGAGCUGAAUUCACAUCGUGGUGCUACUCAGCUUGCUAUUAAAAUAUAAUGUGAGCUAAAAAUACAUUAAAAUGUUUGAACGAUGUUCCUACUUGUCAUAUACCUCAACACUAGUUGGCAAUAGGAUAUUAAACAGAGAGUGGAAGUUUAUAACAUUGUUAUACCAUCUUCCCCUCCCUCCCUGCCCCGCUAAUCUUUUGGAGAGAGAAAAUUCCUUUUUCCCUCUCACUACUUGAUAAAAUCUCAAGUAUAACUUGAACUUUGACCUUUUAAUGUUUUUGUUCUCAAAAUUCAGGGAUAUAUCAGCUCAUGAUCUCCUUAUUAAGCCAACAUAUCAUCAGAGUGUGUGGGAGUGUGUAUGUGCAUAAAGUGUUGUGUAGGCUGGUAAAUAUAUUAUUCUUGAGGGGUUUUUAUUUUAUUUUCAGGGAUUUAAUUUGUUCCUUUUUUUGAAUCCCUCUUCUAAUUUUACUUGUAUUGAUGUAACUAAAACUAUCUUUUUUUUUGUAAAUUAUUUAGCUCCUUUCUAUGAUAAUGGAAAUGUUUUGACAUUUUAAAUUUUUUUUGUAUGUUUCAAACAAAAUGAAAAUUAGAAUGCACUGAGCUGACAAAAGGGAAAUUGUCAAGGCAGGGAAUUUGGCAAAUGACCAUUUGCUAGUGUCUGUUUUUCAAGUUCUUUAAGCAGGCCUUUCUACAACACUGAAAGUUAAACAGCUCCAGAUUUCCUCCACUGGGCCAUUUUUGGAACGGCGGUAUAGAAAUUGAAUGAAUGAAUGAAUGAAUGAAUGAAUAAAAUAAGUAGGAUUAGGGCUUCCUUAAACAGAUGCAAACCCUAUACCUAAAUGUAUGGCUGUGCAAUACAGGCGGCCCUCGUUAUCCACAGAUUCCGUAUCCGCAGAUUCUUGAAUCUGCGAUUGGGUCUUAGAGACCCGGUUUCAUUAUCUGUGGAUAGAAAAAUAGGCAAAAUUCACCUAUCUGCAGUUUUGAGUGGCUGGAAAUGACCCAGAAAUGACUUCCAAUGUCAUUUCCAGCCGCCACUUUCCAGCAGAGAAUUUGUGAAUCGCGUUUGGGUUUUUAAAAAGUGAAUAUUUGACUGUUUUCGGGAUUUGGGGAGGCACUGCUGCAGAUCUAGAGAAUAAGGUACAAUAGGUGAAUAGAAACAAGCAGAUCUGCUUGCGCUGAACUCCACGUCAGUGCUAGAGCUGCUGAAGCAGGGCACUUAUGCUUUAGGUUAAUUUAAAUGCUCUGGUAAUUUCAUCUUUACACUUAUUGGCUGACAUCCUAACCAAUGAAGUACUGAUGCAUCGGUGUUGCAUUCUACACUACUGCUGCAGUGGUGUAUUAUGCGGUGGAGGAACAAUCUCCUUCCUUCUGCAGCUAUCCGUGUCACCAGAUGCCAAAGGCAGCUGCAGAAUUCCACAAGAGGAGACUGUUCCUUCCUCUUCCCCACCCCCACGUACAAUCUCUCCUUCCAGAAUCCCACAGCUGGCUGUACCACGUGGUGGCACAGCUGCACAAGGAAGGAGAGAUGGUUCUCUCCACCCCGCUUGUGCCGCUGCAGCCCUCAUGUGGAAUGGAAUGCAACACUGUCUCACUAGCACUUCAUUAAUCAGGAUGUCAGCCAUCAUUUCUUAUGUAAAUUAAGAUGAAUGACAUCGAUAAAAUUAUGUACUAGGUUGGAUCCAAAGAACUGUGAGCAGAAGGAAAAUAGUUGCUUUUGCUGUUCUGCAAACACUUGUGCAAAAGUUCUCACAGUGCUAUAACAACUGGUAGGUUCUCUAGCAGUCCACAUGCUUCCACUUGGGCAAGAGGUUGUGCCAGUAGAUCAUCAUUGGAUUUAGCUUUGUUUUUCUUGCACAAUGCAAGUUGUAAAAUGGCCCUUUCCAGAGUAGAAAGGCACCUUUAGAUACAGCCCAUUGUCAUUUGCCAAAUGACUAGCAAACUGAAAGCUUAGUUGAAGUAGGGAGGAAUCUGUCCUGUAAAUAGCAAAUUGUAAUGCUUAUGUAAAGAACCCUGCCUCAAAAUGAAUGGGGGGCGGGAAGCAGACAUAAAGUUGCUUGUAUAGGAUUAUCAGGUUGACUAUAGCCAUACUUGAAGAUGCUUUUGAGUGGUGUCAACUUUACUUGAAUGAUUUUUUUUCCUUCAUUUUGAUUGGUGCACAGCGGCGUUAAAGUUCACUUUUAAAGCUAGUGGUUAACUUGUGUAGGAAACUUUAACAGUUUGACACUAAGAUAACGAACAUUUUUAUGUGUGCAUUUUCUAAGCUUAUGUUCUACUGGGUCCCCCCCCCUUCAAUUUCCUUUCCCUCGUUUUUACCGUGGUUUUUUUUUUUUUUUUUUUUUUUGGUCCAUAAAAAUCUGAGCAAGGUUAUAAAUACUGUAAGUAUUGUAAUGUAAUGAAUGCAGGUUAUUUGAAAAGCUGUUUUAUUAUAUCAUUCCUGAUAACGCUGAAAUGUGGGUGUUUUUAAUAAAAUUUAUAUUUAUUUAAUGCACUCUA